UGGAUCCAUUCCAGGCCCCUGGUUGAUUUCUCUCCCUCUCUUCCUAAAAAGAGUAAAAUUCAUUCUGCCCCAAGGUAUGUUUCUCCUGCUCCUUCAAUUCCACCCUUCUUUGCCCAAGUUUAAACAUUUCUUAGUGUAUUCUCUGCCUGCAACCUGUUUGACUUUCUUGGGUGCCAUCUACCUUCAUCUUUAUCUGAAGCCCCUUGAAGUGAAAGUACCACUCAUGGAGACAGAGAAAUGGAAGUUAGACUGUGUAGCAUGGUUUGUGUGGGAUGCAUCCAAGAAUGUUUUCCAGACCUCAGUCACACAAAAAAAUUCAGAGGAAAAGAAGAAAUAUAAUGAAGCUCUUGAGAAAGAAAAACUUGAUGAGGUGGACCUUUCUGAAACUUGUAGAGAGCAGAAAAUACCAUCUCCAGCAGGGGAAAUCCUAGCAGCAUGUCCUGAGGCAUUAACUGAGGUUCAGUUGCAGGACGUCAGUAGCCUACAAACUGUGAAGGAAAUGUUUGAUGUCCCACUCACUUCUUUAACUUUAGACAUUGAAGUAUUCCAAACACAUAACCUAGAGACAGUAAUAGAAGGGAAAGAGGUCAAAGAACAUCAGCUGUGUGAAGAAACUGAGCCAAAGUACAACCCUGAGGAAGAUGUGAGCACCAAAGCAGAAGGCUCUCAGGGCCUUAGAGAUAGAGCCGAUAAUCCAUCAGCACUAUGUGGACUCUCAGAAACCACAUUCCAUCCUAGUCCUUACAGUCAGCAGGUAGUAGGACAUUUAAAGGACAGAGGAACUGAGAGUAGACAAGAUUAUAGACAAUCUGUUGGCCUUUCUUCAGAGGUGCUACACAACGUGGACUUACAGAGUUGUUAUGAAGCCAAAGAGGUCUUUGAGCCAACUAGAUUGAAAAAACUCUAUCCUGAAUUACCAGCUGAAUUUUCUGGAGAAAGACCAGCUUUAAUGGCAGUAAAACCAUUGUUACGGAAUGAACGACUGUAUCCGGAAAUCCCUUCUGAAUCAGAACUAGUACCAUUUACUAAGGAACAACUGAAAAUUUUUGAGCCUUGUUCCUGGUUAGAAAAUGUUGAAUCAUACUUGGAAGAAUUUGACAGUAUGGCUCACCAGGACCGUCAUGAAUUUUAUGAGUUGCUUUUGAAUUAUUCACGAUGCAGGAAACAGCUGUUGCUGGCUGAGGCUGAGCUGCUUACCUUGACAUCUGAUUGUCAGAAUAUCAAAAGCCGAUUAUGGCAGUUUAAGGAAGAGCAAAUGACUGUACAGGGUAUUUGUGCAGACCAGGUGAAAGUUACAGGAUAUCAUCGCUACCAGACAGUGGAGAUGAAUGAGAGUGCCCUGGGAGAGCUAAGGAAGGCAUUUGAAGCAAAAUCUGAGCAUUUACAUCAGACUUUAGCUCUGCAUUCUUAUACAUCUGUGCUCUCCCGCUUGCAAGUAGAGUCCUAUAUUUUUGCAUUGCUCAAUAGUCCAGCUGUUCUGAGGUCUUUAUCUAUUCAUCAGCAAGGUCGAGUUUCUAAACAGGCAGAAAGUCUUCCCUCUGAUUUGUGUCAUCUGAAGGAGUGUAUUAGUGUUUUAUUUAUGUUCACCCGGAGAGUUAUAGAAGAUACACAGUUCUACAAUGAUGUUCUUCUUUGGCUACAGAAAUUGGUAUCAGUGUUACAAAGAGCUGGAUGCCCUGGGGAUCAUCUAUUCCUUUUAAACCACAUUCUUCGAUGUCCGGCUGGUGUUAGUAAAUGGGCCGUUCCUUUCAUUCAGAUCAAAGUGUUGAAUAAUUCAUCAGGGGUAUUUCACUUUAUGCAGUCCCUUGCCUUGCUUAUGUCUCCUGUCAAAAAUCGAGCUGAGUUUAUGUGCCACAUGAAGCCAAAUGAAUGGAAACCUUCCUCCCCUGGGCCUGAGUCUGGGAACUGGACAUUAGUAGAUGAAGGAGGAGAAGAGGAUGAAGAUCCUGAGACAAGUUGGAUUCUCCUUAGUGAAGAUGACUUGAUUGCUCUUUUGUCGCAGUUCCCAUUUCGUGAACUCUUUAAACACUUCCUUGGAUUUAAAGGGAAAGAUGAUUAUUUACCUGAAACAACAAGACCUCAAGAGAUGAUGAAAAUUUUUGCCUUUGCCAACUCAUUAGUGGAACUUCUAGCUGUAGGAUUAGAAACCUUUAAUAGAGCAUGCUACAGGCAGUUUGUGAAACGAAUUGGUUUUAUGAUUAGAAUGACACUUUGUUAUGUGAGUGAUCACUGGGCCCAGUUUGUGAGCCAUAACCAAGGCUAUAGAUUGGGUAUGCAACCUUAUUCAUUGGAGAAGCUCCAAGUUGAAUUUGAUGAGCUGUUUCUCAGGGCUGUCCUGCAUGUUCUGAAAGCUAAAAGGUUGGGCAUUUGGCUAUUUAUGUCAGAGAUGCCCUUUGGAACAUUGUCAGUCCAGAUGCUUUGGAAACUCUUUUACCUCAUGCACCAUACAGAAGAUGAAAAUUUGGAGAAGCUCUGUUCUACAGUCCAGGCUAAUGAGUACAAGCACCAGCUUCAAGACCCAGCGCAUCUUGUGAGCUUUGAGAAUUAUAUUUCUACCAUGAAUAGUUCAGAAGAAAUUUGCCUUCUUACUACUUUUGCUCAGAUGGCUCAGGCAAGAAAGACCAAUGUGGAUGAGGACUUUAUAAAAGUUAUUGUGCUGGAGAUUUAUGAGGUAUCUUAUGUUAACCUUUCCACCAGAGAGACCUUUUCAAAAGUUGGUCGAGAGCUUUUAGGAGCUAUUACUGCUGUUCAUCCUGCAAUCAUUUCUGUCCUUUUGGACAGCGUUAAAGAGACCAUUGACCAAGUUGGGAUGGUUUCCCUAUACUUGUUCAAAGAGCUGCCUUUGUAUCUGUGGCAACCAUCUACCUCUGAAAUAGCUGUGAUGCGGGAUUGGUUACUGAAUUACAGUUUGUCAGCUGUGAAGAAUAAAUUGGCUUGUGUUAUUCUGGAAGGAAUGAAUUGGGGAUUUGGAGAACAGGAUACACUUCAUCUGAAUCAGACUGUUCAUGCUGAAGUGGCAUUAAUGAUUCUUGAAGCUUACCAGAGGUACCUUGCUCAGAAGCCGUAUGCUGGGCUACUUUCUGAAAGCAUAAAACAGGUUUCGUAUUUGGCCAGUAUUGUACGUUAUGGAGAGACACCUGAAACCUCAUUUAACCAAUGGGCUUGGAACUUGAUUUUGAGAUUAAAGCUUCACAAAAAUGAUUAUGGAAUGCAACAGAAUUGUCCAACAGUUCCUUUCUCCAGCACUGUGCCGGAUAUGAAUGAAUCACCCACAUUUCAUCCCCUACUGAAGGCUGUGAAAGCAGGCAUGCCCAUUGGCUGUUAUCUAGCCUUAUCUAUGACAACUGUGGGCCAUAGCAUUGAGAAAUUUUGUGCAGAAGGCAUUCCAUUGUUGGGGAUCCUGGUCCAGUCUAGGCAUCUGCGAACAGUAGUACAUGUUCUGGAUAAGAUUUUGCCCAUGUUUUACCCUUGCCAGUAUUACCUUUUGAAGAAUGAACUGUUUUUAUCAUAUCUUCACCUGUUUUUGCACUUGGAUAGUGGUAUUCCUCAAGGAGUGACCCAACAAGUUACCCACAAAGUGGCUCAGCACUUGACAGGAACCAACUAUGGAGAAAAUGUGAAGCUUCUCAACAGCAUGAUCCAGGCCCACAUUUCUGUAAGCACUAAACCCAAUGAAGUGGGGCCUGUUGCUGUUUUUGAAUUCUGGGUCCAGGCUCUCAUAAGCCAACAGCUUUGGUACCGAGAACAGCCCAUUCUUUUCUUGAUGGACCAUUUAUGCAAGGCAGCUUUUCAGUAUAUGCAAGAAGAUUGUGUACAGAAACUACUUUACCAACAGCACAAGAAUGCGUUAGGUUAUCACUGUGACCGGAGCCUGCUCUCUUCCUUGAUGAGCUGGAUUGUGGCUGGCAAUGUGACCCCAUCUUUCAUUGAGGGAGCUGCUGCUCCCUCUCAGGUUUGGCUUGCAUGGAUUGUGCUGAACAUGGAGUCUUUCUUUGAAGAGGAUUCUCAGCUUCGUAGAGUUGUUGAAGGGGAACUGGUCAUUAAUUCUACUUUUACUCCUGAGCAGGCUCUCAAGAAAGCCCAGGCACAGUUGAAGCUUCCUAUUGUACCAUCUCUUCAGAGACUGCUGAUUUAUCGUUGGGCUCAUCAGGCUUUGGUUACACCUUCUGAUCAUCCUCUCUUGCCACUUAUUUGGCAGAAAUUCUUUCUCCUUUAUCUUCACCGACCAGGGCCUCAGUAUGGAUUGCCUGUAGAUGGUUGUAUUGGAAGACGAUUUUUUCAAAGUCCAGCCCACAUUAAUUUAUUGAAAGAAAUGAAGAAACGUCUGGUUGAAGUGGCUGACUUCCAUCAUGCUGCCAGUAAAGCCCUCCGAGUUCCAGCAGAUGGCAGUGAAGGACCAGGUGAAAAUAAUGACUGCCCCAUAGAGUAUCUGGCUUCUCCAGAGCUGCAUACAGAACUUGUGAGGCUCUUCAAUGUAUUUAUACUUUGGCUAGAAGAUGAGAACUUUCAGAAGGGAGACACCUAUAUUCCUUCACUACCAAAGCAAUAUGAUACACACAGACUAGCAAAGAUUAUGCAGAAUCAACAGGAUUUGUGGAUGGAAUAUUUGAACAUGGAACGUAUCCGUCAUGAAUUUCAGGAAGCUCUCAAUCUUUGGAUUCAAGUAAAACUUGAAUCUUAUUCCACACCCAGCAGUUUGUCAGUGCAGAUGGAUUUUACUGAUCCUUUGUCAGCCAAAGAGAGGAUCUUGAGUAACUUGAAGAAACAUGAGGCUCCUCAUCCUCCCCUUGUUCUGCAUGCACUGAAAGCUCCAGUGCCCAUCAUUUCUUCAACUAGUUUGCUCAAUCAGAAAGAAACUAUGCAGCUUAUACGCCCAGACCUGAAUCUCUUGCAGCAGCAUGCUAAAACUGCAGCCCUUCGGGAGUCCCAGCAAGUUGCUCUGGACAGUGAGCUGUUGGAUGCCAUUCCCAAACAGUAUGUUAAUCGAGAAGAGCAGAUCACGCUGCAUCUGGAGUGUCGGGGCAGCAGUGGCAGGAAGUGCCAGGGAGCAGCUGUUGUCACAGUUCAGUUUGAAGGUAAGCAUAAGAAUGAAGCUAUUAGCCAGCAACUGCAUGUUUUACGUAAAGAAGUGAAGCAGUUACAAGCAGAAGCCUCCAAGCCGCCAUCACAGAAUAUUGUAGAAGCAGCCGUGCAUGCUGAGAACUUGAUUACGGCCUUAGUGAAUGCCUAUAAAUUACAGCCUACACCUGGUAUUCAGAAAGUUGGCAUUAGCCUCUUCUUUACAGUUGUGGAGUAUGUAUGUGAUGAGACACAACGUCACCCUCCUACAAGGCAGUUCUUUACUUCCUGCAUUGAGAUCUUAGGACAAGUGUUUAUCAGUGAUACCAAAUCGGAGUGCAAACGUGUGCUUCAGACGAUUUUGAAGAAUAGAAGACUUUGUACUCUGCUCUCUCCUUACUUUACUCCAAUUGCUGCACCUGAAGAAUUCAUAAAUUUGUAUGAAAAAGUAGUGAAGUUUCUAAGUGAAGACAAUGGUGAUAUGAUUUUCAUGCUGCUAACCAAGUUCGAUCUUAAGCAAUGGUUAAACUCCACUAAACCUCCUCUGUCUGAUCGUACCAGGCUCCUGGAGUCCAUUCAUUUGGCACUUACUGCCUGGGGCCUUGAACCUGAUGAAGACAUUUUGAUGUCAUUCAAUAUUUUUUGUAAACACUGGACUUAUCUCCUUCUGUACCAGUUCCCUGACCAGUACAGUGACAUUUUGAGGCUGCUUAUGCAGAGCUCAGCUGAGCAGCUACUGAGUCCUGAAUGUUGGAAGGCAACCCUGAAUGCUCUGGGCUGCUUGUCAUCUGAGAGCAAAGAAGGGGACUGUCCACUUCCUAUAACUGAGAGCCCUGUGUUUCCAAGUUCUCCCAAUAUUCUCUUGUCAGAUGAACAGGUAAUGGAGACAAUACAGUGGCUUUCAAAUUUUUUCUAUAAAUUACGGAUAUCCAAGUUGGACUUUAAGAGUUUUGGAUUAUUUUCAAAGUGGACUCCUUAUGUGGCUGAUGUGAGGAAGUUAUUGGAGUACCUUGUGAAACGGCUGAUUGCCUCUGAAUUGGCUUGCUUAGGGCAAGACACAUUAACUAACAGGAGAACAGUGUUGAGAUCUCUGCAUUCACUAAUAGUUCAGCUCUUCAAGCCAUGGAUUCUGGUUUUAGAAGACAAUACAAGCAAUCAGCGCUACUAUCCAUGGCUGGAAAGUGAUGCAUCCAUGGCCUCAAGUGUGGUCCAUUUGUUCAGUGAAUGUAUUGAGAUUUUACAUGAAAGUUUUAAAGAUAAACUCUUGCCUGGUGAUGAAGGAGCACUUCGGCUACACUUGAUGCAUUAUUGUGAAUCAUGCACAGCACCCAAAAUGCCAGAAUUUAUUCUCUUUGCUUUCCAUAAUGAGUAUCGAAAACUUCCAUGGAGGGAUAUGUACCCAGACCAAGUGCUAAUGGAAGCAUUCUUCAAAGUGGAAAGAGGAAGCCCCAAGAGCUGUUUCUUAUUCAUGGGAUCUGUUUUGUGUGAAGUAAACUGGGUUAGUGUACUGGCUGAUGCCUGGAAUCCCAGUCCCCAUCCAGAAACACGAAGCAUGAUUGUCUGCCUGCUCUUCAUGAUCAUCUUACUGGCAAAGGAAGAUCAGCUCGUAGAUCAAGAAGAUUCCCCAUUACUCAGUCUCCUUGGACAGGCGAGCUCUCUUUCCUGGCAUCUCGUAGAUACUGUGUCAUACCAAAGUGUCAUUGGAUACUUUAGCAGCCACUAUCCUCCAUCUAUCAUCCUAGCAAAAGCUUCUUCAGCUGAAUUAAUAGUAAAGCUCUUGAAAGCAUCUGCGGGCUUCAGUGUUCCUAUUGAUGGACAAAUGCAUCUCGAUGCAGUUCCAAAAUGCCUAGCUUUCACUCGCCAGGUGGUACAGUUUCUCAGCUCUCUGGAACAAAAUGGAAAAAUUACUUUUGCAGUACUAGAACAGGAAAUGUCCAAGCUUUUGGAUGACAUUGUUGUCUUUAAUCCGCCAGAUAUGGAUAACCAGACUCGUCAUAUGGCCCUCAGCAGACUCUUUGUUGAAGUUUUAACAAUGAUGAAUAAUGCUAGUGUCCCAAUGGCCGAGUUCCUUCGGGGCAGUGUCCGGAACUGGAUUGACCAGAAAGUACAUGGGCUAGUGGUGCUGCCCCUUUUGACAGCAGCAUGCCAAAGCUUGGCUUCUGUCCGACACAUGGCUGAAAUUACAGAGGCCUGUAUCACUGCGUACUUCCAGGAUGACUCCCUCAACUAUCAUUUGGGAUGGGGCCCUAUCCUGGUAUCCCUUCAAGUUCCUGAACUCACCAUAGAAGACUUUAUUCAGGAGUGCCUGUCCCUUGGAAGUUAUUUGACGCUGUACGUCUAUAUGCUUCAGUGUUUAAAUAGUGAGCAAACACUAAGAAAUGAAAUGAAAAUGUUGCUAAUGUUAGGAAAGUGGCUGGAACAAGUAUAUCCCAGCUCUGUGCGAGAUGAGGCAAAGCUCUUUUUGUGGUGGCACCAAGCACUGCAGUUGUCCCUGAUCCAGGCUGAGCAGGAUGACAGUGUGCUGAUUGGAUCCGUCAUCCGGACUCUUCUUGGGAUCCAGAAUAGACAGAGCCAGGCAGCAGAGGAGAGACUGAGCUCAGGGAUACUGGGUGCCAUUGGAUUAGGCAGGAAGUCUCCGUUGUCCAACAGGUUCCGUGUGGUUGCAAGAAGCAUGGCUGCCUUCCUUUCAGUUCAAGUUCCUGCGGAAGAUCAGAUUCGUUUGAAGUCUGGUUCUGAAUUACAUUUCUCUCCCAAAGCUCAGCAGGCACUAAAUACUCUUGAAUCCAUGUCUUCAAGCAAGCAGUAUGUAGAGUAUCAGGAACAGAUCUCCCAAGCAUCCCAGUUUAUAAAGCAUCCUGGCCAUUGUCUUCAGGAUGGGAAAAGUUUUCUGGCUCUUCUUAUUAACUCUCUGUACCCAGAAGUGCAUUAUUUGGAUGUUAUUCGAUAGCAGCACUGAGCUCCAUGGAAAACCCUGUGAUGAUUUCUGUUUACAUUUGAUGUUAUUAUUGCACAAGUAAUUUUGACUGUCUAGGUCCGCUGUAGAACCAAGUACAACUAAUGAGGAGGAUGGUUGGAAGGGAUGUGGGCACUGGUUAUUUCUACCAGGUACUUUGGAUGCGAGAGUUGUAUGUGUGUAUGUUUGUGUGCAUGUGUUUUCUUAGCUGUUACAGUAACAUUAUGUUAAAGCACCAAGGACUAUUUAGUUUUUAUUCCUGUGAAAAUGAGGAACAUCAUUAAGUUCCACCCUGAUACAAAGCCAUGACACAGUAAGGGUCAUAGAUCAUGGGACAGUUUUUUUUCUCUUUCAUUUUUCUCCUUGCCCUGAAGACAAUGCAAAACAAAAAAACUACUGAGGCUCUCAUGUUAGAACUACAACCAGUUAUAGUCACGUGAAAAAGGUACACUUUGAAUCUCCUCAAAAAUAUAGUCACAUUUAGUCUGAAAAUUAGAAAUUGUUUGUAUUUCCAAAAGUAAGGUCUAUUUUGUGAUUCUAAAAUCCUUUGGAAAGUUUGCUCUUUCCCUUAGAUGAGAGAAGCCAAGAUGUUAUUAAAUAACCACAUUUAUUUUGGCUUCCUUUAUUACUUCUCACUAGUUAUGAGUCCAUCAGUAUGCCUGCUCCUACAUCACAGGUCAAAACUCCUCUAUACUUCUGUACAUAGUUGUCUUUAGUUACUGGAGCCAAGAAUAUCAUUUCCUGAUAGCCAGACUUUUUUGAUGAGCUCUGUGGGCCCAUUCUCACAUCAGCACACUUUGCCGGGUAUUUAUUUUGAAUCCUUCCUGGCUGUCUAGCACCUGCAGGAGUUUGUGUUCUGCUGGCCUAGCUUUCAAGAAUCCAGGGACUAGUUCCAUUGGGAACAUCUGAGGAUGAUUGGUGUGGGUUUUUCCCUGGCAAGCCCUUUAUUUCCACAUACCACAUCCCUGAGUCAGCUCACAGUAAAAGUGAAAUGUCUGGAAGUCAAAUGUGCUUUAGAAGUCAGUCAUUGUCUGCAACAGUGGUCACCACGUCCUGGCUGCUGCUGAGAAGGUGAGGUGGCUGAUGAGAUGAUUCACUCAUUGAGGAUUCUGUUCAUUCAUAAAACUGAGGUCAAAGGGAGGAAAGAAUGAGGACGUCUUUUUGUUGCCUCCUUUAGCUCUUUAUUUGAACCCUAGUAGAGGGUAGAGGACCAUUGAGAAUCCCAAAGAGUUUAGUUAAGGCUUACUAGUCUGGGAAGACUGAUAUUCUUGAACGCUGGAUUUGCUAAAUAGGGCACCUUAUUGUCCCUCAAAGUACAUUCAGUUGUUAAAUAUCUAUGACCACAGUCUGGCUAUAGUAAAACCACAUUCUGUUGCUGUUUUUCAGUUUAUUAUUACUGCAUAUUCCUUCUUCUAGAAAUUAGCAAAUUAAUUUCUAUAAUCAUAGCACUGCCUGCCUGAAAUACAUUUUGUCUGUUUCAGUUGCUUAAUGUUUUAUGUAUUUAACUGUAGCCCAGGAACAUGUUGUUUCAUGCUUUCUCCACAGUCAUAGAGAGCUUUUAAUGAUCUAAUGGACUGAUGGUACUCCCUGCUCAGAUAACCAUUUGAGUGUUUAGUCUUAUAUAUAGCAGCUAUGGAGAAGCACUUUUAUGUUGAAAUUCAUUAAUUAAGUAGAAGAAAUUUACCCCAGAGAAACAUUCUCUAAAGCAUAAUUUAAAAAGCCUUCCAUGUGUGCUUAUUCAGCAGAUUGACCCUUUCCUAGUUUUCCUGGCUAAAUGUCAUCAGGGUCCUGAUUUUUGCCCCACUCUUUUGGCUUUAUUAUUUCUCUAGUGCCCAUUUCUCUUUGUCUUCCUCAUAUUGUACAUAAUCAAAAUCUUCGAAACUCUUAGUUUUUAACCUGGGCAUUUUGGCAGUGUUUUCUUUACUGCUGUAAAGCACAGUGCUUUGCUCAUGGGAUGCACUUAAUAAAUUUUCUUGAGUGGGAUUGACUGAAAAACCAUCCUUGCUGCUCUGAUUUUAGCAUUUCUGUACUAUUUCUUUGAGGAAAAGGUUGCAGUUGCUAACUCUUAACACCAUAGAAAAUGAAAAUAUCAAAUGGCAAUGUAUAUACUUUAAAGAAAAUUAUGUUCAAUCUGUUAACUUUUAGAACUUUAUAAUAUUUAUAAUGAACUUGGUUUGUAAAGAAUUUUAAGAAAUAAAGAAUAUUAUUGGUUGCAUCUGCUAAGGAAUAAGAGGUUUGUGGGGAGAUCACCUUAUGAAAAUUCAUUGUGAAACUGAAUGUAGACUUGAUGCCAGGAGUCUUCUCAUUGAUUUUACAUUGUAAUCUGAAUAGCAGAGAUGUUUGUUAAAUAGACCUCCUGUAUUUUUAGUGUUUAGUGUUUAACAUUCAAGGUGAAGUCAAGAUUACAGUUAGGUUUAGCUUCCUGCAUGGAAUGAAUAAAUGGGUAGCAGUGAGAAUUCCAGGCCAAGGUUGUGUGGUAAGCUACCAUGGAGUGACAUGGAGGCCAGAAAACUAAUCUUCAAGAAACAAUGCUAAAUGCUUACGUACAACUGCAACCUCCUGGAAGGGAAUAGUGACAAGUAAACCAACCGAACCUAAACACAGGAGCCAGGAAUAUUACAUUCUGUGCUCUAAGAAUUAGCAUUUUGACUUCGUGAGUAAAGCUUUUGAGACUGUUAACCCAGGAGGUUGGACCUCAAGACAUUGGCAAGUUUUUACGUGGUGUAGCCACAAGCCAUGGUACAGUGCUUGGUGCCAUCCGUUGUAGGAGGGACCUUUGCUCAUAGGCUUUUAGUCACAUUCGUGUGUGGAGAAAGCAGUUCGUCUGCAAUAUCACUUUCAGAUGAAAAGGAGGGAGGGUCAUGAGCUCCAUAGGCUUUUAAUACUUCCCCCUACCCUCAGUCUUGGAUUAACAUAGGUGGAUGAGGCUAUCUGAGGAGUUAUAACUUUGUCCACCUUCAUGUUGAUUAUAUUUAGUCUAUUACAGAGACUAGGUGUCAUCCUAGUAAAAAGACCAAGGGGAGAAAGUAGGAACAAUCAGGUUUGCUUUGAGAGUAUGACAGUCUUUGGAGCCACUGCAAAGUCUUCAUUACCUAUAAAAGUGCCCACUUACUACUCAGUUCCAGAAGGUAGUCUGUCAUUUUUAUGGUCACUGUUUGAUUGCUAACUUAAUUUUAUUUUUUUCUCCAUAACAUACAACCAGCUCUUAAUUAUAUAUAUGAAAAACAUGCCGGCAUGGUGGUACAUACCUGUAAGCCCUGCUAUCAGGGAGGCAGAGGCUGGUGGAUCACUUGAGCUCUGGAGUUCUCAGCUACAGUAAGGCUAAAGCUAAUUGGGUAUCCAAACAGAGUUCAACACCAACGUUGUAAGCCCCAGGGAGAUAGGGCCACCAGACCGCCUAAGUAGGGGCAAUCCUCCCCAGGUUUGGAAUAGCGCAGGUAAAAGCUUCCAUGCCAAACAGAAGUGGGAUUGGGCUGAGUGACCACUGCACAUCCAGUCUGGGUGACAUAGGGAGACCUAGUCUAAAAAAGGGAAAGGAAGGAAGGAAACCUGAGAUUCAAGAACAAAAUAACCCAAUCCUAGACAAACUAAUCUGAACGAAGUUUCAACCUCUUUCUCAAUGAGUGUUUUAUCAGAGUUAAUAAAUGACACUGAUCAAAUCCAAGCUACAAUACCUUUUCUCCCUUCAACUUCCUUACUUUUUUUGGAGGUGAUGAAUAGGCUAUUGAAUUUUUAAUGCUGGAAUUAUCUGCAAGACCCUGUUUGCUAAAGUAGAAUGUCACAGAGUCAUAGCCUUUUAGAGUUGGAAGGGAUGUUGGACAUCACCUAAUUCAAUCUCUCACCUGAUGCAGAAAUCUCUUCUAUAGCACCCUACACAGGUAGUCGUUCAUAUUUCCAUAAACAGGGAACUCACUACCUCAUUAUACAGUCAUUUUGUUGUUUGGAAACUUAUGUUAGAAAAUUCUUUGUAAGGUUUAGCUUAAAUUUGCCUGUAUGUUGACUUCAGAGAACUCAGAAAAAAAACAUCUACUUAUAGAUGAACACUCUUCAGAUAAUUGUAAGGCAGCUGUCUUGUCUCCUUUAGUAUUUUCCAUAUCAAACAAAAUCAAUUCUUUUAAUUUUUAUUCAUCCAGUUCUUCCAUCGACCCUCAUGAACAUAUUUGACUAGAGAAGUCUUUCUUCAGUGAUCUGAACAUUACUAUUACUGUAGCCUAAAAUUAUAUGAGUUUUUUUUUUAGUAAUAACAUCUUUUAGCUCAUAGCAAAGUUGUGCUCAAUUUAAACCCAGAUUGUUAGUUUUAUUCAAAACAUUAUUUGCUAGGGGCAGCUAGGUGGCGCAGUGGAUAGAGCACUGGCCCUGAAGUCAGGAGAACCUGAGUUCAAAUCAGGCC